ACGUAGACGUAGAAUUAAACAAUAGCUUUAUAAACCAAUGAUAUUGAUCAUCAGGUAAACAUACAAGAGUGACAAGACAUUUUAACCAAGCAGUACUUAGACCCUCUCUUUAUAUUACAGUCCAUAUAUACAUGAAUCAUGCAGAUGGUGAUGCGGCAGUGAAAAAGUUAGAAAAAGAUCUUAAAGCCUUACCAAUGAGAUUGAACUCCGUUAAUAUGACACUACAUUCGAAUAUUCUAUGUGUAACUGGUAUUACGCCAUCACUUAAUGAAGAAAUAUUGCAACAAGUCGUGCAAGGAUUUGGUGAACUUCUACUUCCGGUAAGUUUCAAGUCUCCCAGGCUUGGAAGUUUAUUGUUGGAAGGAUUUUCAAAAACUCAUUAAUAAUUCAUGAAGCGAUUGUCCAAUCUUGAGUAAGAAAUUAGUCACGUGCAUACGUCUUUAUACCAGCUAAAGAACACUUUAACAAAAGACCAUUGUUAUGCAAACUAUAUAAAGAUUUUUAUAUAAAGAUUUGACUUAUUAUGCAUACGUUUUUGAAGCCUUUUAAAAAACUCGUGGGUCGUGUUUUAUUAGGUCUAAAGCCACUCCCGCUGCGCCAAAUUAAGUCCUGCCAUACAUGAAAAUACUACGCUAUACUAUGCUAAGCCUAUUACGAACAACAAUGGCAGGAGGUGGCCCCGAAGAGAAAUUAAUGUUUUUCUUGGCAAAACGUUGUUCCAAUCAUUAAAAAGUCCAAAAAUGUUUUACCCAACCUCAAAUAUCAGUUAAAAAAUAAAUACCCACCCCUGGCCAAAAACUUUACAAAAGAAUACCGUUCAGUUGUCACACAUGUCCUUAAUUGCCGCUUCUGUGACAUCAGUUUGAAAACUGCUUGUGCAAUUUUUUGCAGUCUAAAGUUUCAUGUUGUCUGCACAUCUACUUUCUUUGGAGACACCAUUUGCCUCCUGACAAAUCGGAAAAUGAUCAAGAUAGUGACUCUGAUUGAUUGAUUUAUAAUAUUGUAUUGACAUAUGACUAUUGACAUUGCAUUCAAUAUUUGAGUGAGUCAUGCUUUGGAAAUGACAAUAAAUUUUUAUUACCCAACCCUUGAGUUGUUUUGUUUUUCAUUUACCCAAUCUUUUACUCACUUUACCCAACGCUUUUCUCUUCGGUGCCACCCCCCCCCCCCCCCCCAUAAAUAAUGACCGUUCCCUUAUUGGUGACAAUAUAAUUGAAAUUUCACGAAAUCCAGUAGAUUUGAUCACACAGUCACGUGCAGACAAAAUGUUACCGUACCUGGCAACUUUCCCCACUACACCCCAUUUCUUUUCAAUAUAGUUCAAACUGAUCAAAAGCAAGAAGACAAAUGAAAGUAAAGGUUAUGGAUGGUUGGUAUUUAAAGAUAUAAAAAGUGCAGAGAAAUGUAUGUGGACGAUUCCAAAAAUAGAUAUUCAAUCACGACCACUCCGUGCUGGUUGGGCAGGAAAUAAUGUCACAUGUGAAGAUGAUUUAUCCUCCGUCUCGACUAUCUACGUCGCAGGACUACCUGCAUCUAUAAUAUCUGUGAAAGACUUGAGACAAUUUCUUAGUAAAAACGAUGAAAUAGCAUUUUGUCAGGUACGUACAGUGCAAUGGACGAAUCUUUGUAGAAACAAACAGUGUUGUGGUUUAAACGUGUUCAACUGCGCAAUAAUGUUUAACUAAUUAUGGAUCAGCUGCCUUGCAUGUACAGAUUCGUGUGGUGUGUUUCUGCCUUGCCGGUCAGUGAAAAGAUAAAAAAAUGCCCUUGAACCGUCUCGAAAGAAACUCGCUUGUUAAGAGAGGGUCCUGAAGGGGUAAAAUGGGAACUGGGAUUGAUCUAUUUUUAGACUGGGAAAAUGGGAUUUGGGUUGCUGGGACUGGGAUUUGGCCACUAGGAAUGGGAAAUGAAGUCCUCAAAAAUGGGAAUGGGAUUGAGGUAAUGCGAGUCGAUUCCCAAUUUUUCUACGUUUUAAGUAUUUUAAAAUACAAUUUUGAUCUGUUUUUGGUGUCUUUCAGUUUGGUCAUGAUUUUCACAGCACUACCUGCGAAUAGGCAUACUCUGGCGCCCGGAAUUCUGGGUUUUCUGAUUAUGCGUGUCUCAGAAUGCUGCAAAUGCCAUUUCCGGGAUUCAAAUUUAAAAAUUUUCCGUGCCUUCGGCACAACCCCCCCCCCUCCCCAAAUUUCAUAAAGUGUGUGCCACUUGCACACACGAUGGCUUAAAUUUAAAGUCUUAAAACUGUUUAUUGUACUGAUAAAUAAAGGGGUUUUUAUUGACUGGGAUUUCAAUAACUCGGACUGGGAUUUCUAAUAAAAAUCCAACUGGGACUGGGAUUUUGCCAAAAUUUCUGGUAGGAAAUGGGAUUGGGACCCCCCUUCAGGACCCUCUUAAGAGGUAGUAUACAGUUAGCCUCUAAACUUGUGACAAAGGGCCUUUGCUCGAAACAUUGACAUCUUUUCCAGUAGUUCACUAGUUCAGACAUAAACAAAACUUCAACAACGGCAUCUUAUUGCAUGCCGGUUUUGAACUGGCGGAAUUUUGCGCGCGAAACAGAAUUUCUCUUUGUCUUUCAUAAUUAGUUCCGCCCGGCAAAAUUCCGCCUAGUUGAAAACCGGCUUCAAUCCACACAGUUAGUUUUUCAUCUUCUGUUCCUUCUGAUCCUUGCCUAGUUGCCUUGCAUCAUGUGGACGUACUGUGAAAUUUAAUGAACUUUUCUUCUUCAUUUUCAUCUUAUUUCUUUGAUAUCUUUCCUAACAAAUUUUACAUUUAAAAAAUACCACAUAUUUUUAUAUAUGAGCUUUAAUUAAAUGAGCUUUAAUUAAAGGAUCUCAAUCUUAAUUGCGGGACUGGAUAUAGGCUGACUGUGCCACGAAUAAUACGAUUGUUUGCAUCUUGUCUCACUUAUGACAUUAGAAAAGUAACUUCUGGGGUUCAGAUGAGGUUGAAUGAUUUGCUGCAAAACUAUUUUCUGAAUAUCCCAAUGUUGUGGAAUCGAACCCAAUCACUCGCUAUAGGCAUUCCAAUAUUAUACGUCAGUGAUCAGAACAAUGGUAACGUUAAACCAGCGAUUGGCUUUGCUUCACUCCGCAGAACUAAGUUUUCAACAAGUGAUUUGAUUUGGUUUGACGAAAUUCGGUAUAUACGACCAUUCCUAUUUCCUAUAUUACUAAGAAUACGCAAACUGUAUCGUUUAGUUUAUGACCAGUCACAGAACAGUGUCACAGACAAGUUUCGCUGUCGUGGAAUUCAAGAACAGCGAAGCUGCUGAACAGUUUGUAAUGGAAAAUAAUGGUGGAGUACUACAGCUAAUGUAUGCAAUUCCAGGAUAUUCUGGUGUCGACUUUGUCUGGAAUAAACCUGUUAAUAUUCAAUUCAAGCGAUCUCAGGUAUUUGGAAAGUUGUUUCAUGGAUAAUAUUAGGAUGUUUUCACUAAAUAUAUUUCCUGCACACUGAUCCUGCAUCAGAUGAUCGUCAAAUAACAGCUUCAGGAAAAUAAUUAAGUAUUAUUGGAUGAGGCUGAGCAGGAUAUCAGAAUUAUUCAGACCGAGCUUCGGCAGAUAACGCUGACCUCGGUCUGAAUAAUUCUGAUAUCCUGCGUAAGCCGAAUUCAAUUAUAAUUAUUAUUCUUUUAUUAUACUGCAGAACAGAUUCCGAAUUGAACUAAUGCCGGACGAAUUCGGAACCAUAAGCACAGAAGAGAGACAGUACAGAAACCCGACUUCUUGGUUUUGCCUAUGAUUUUGGCGUAACCGUAAUUCGUUAUCAAAAUGCUGAUGUCAUGUUCCUAGGCCGUGGGCGUAUGAGAGGCAUUCACCUCUGAAAAUAUUCAAAAUGGCGGACCCCCAGGGGGGAGAAUGCCUCUCAUAUGCGUACUGGCUACUCUAGGACCAUGGCAUCAGCAUUUUGAUGACAAAUCAUGGCGUGGUAGCAGUUAGCUUUUCUGGCCGAGUCGACCUUCUGUGUAUCUUUAUUCUAUGCCAUCCGGUUCUAUUUGUUCACGCGAUAAUUCUUUGUUUGCUGAAUGACGUAAUUUUGGGAUUUCAGUUGACGGGCAGGUAUAACAAAAGACGACCAUGGUAAUGUAUUGAUCGAGUUUAGAGACUCAAAAAGAUGCAUUACCGUUCAGUUUUUCUUGCUUCAACCAUUCUGAUAGGAGAAAAUUGUCCACAAGGCACAAGGUGUUUGAUUGCCCGUCAUUUGGAUGAAAAGUCACAUUAUUGCAAACAAAGAAUUCGUUCUCGAAAUCGUCCGAUUUCGUGCUUCCAGUGUGAACGUGCAAAGCGAAAAUUAGUUUAGUACAAAUUUGACUUGAGUAUGGUUUAGAAUUUAUUUCAUUUAUUCCCUUCUGUGUGGACCUCUGUGUGUGGACGAAACCUGAAUCUAAGGGAUCUCAUAUUGUCGCGAUGAUAUAGUCUGCAUAUUGUAUAAUCAUAUUCUCCGAGAGCUAUUAAGGCCGCGGAUAGCGCUAUCCACCGGAUAGUGAUUUUUUCCGGCAAGUUUUCUAAAAUUGGAUAUUGUCAUUGAUUCGGUGUAAACCAAAUUAAACUUGCAUGAGUAUUAAUUUAAUAAAUUAAAGUUUCUUUUUACUAAUCGCCAGGGACCGGUUGUAUAAAAAAGCUUGUGAUUAAAGUUAACUAUGAUUAAGUGCAAACGUCAUCCAAUAAGAAGCGCGUAUUUGAGAGUUAAUCACUAUUUAACUACAAAAUAGUGAUUAAAAAAGUGAUUAAGAGUUUUAUACAACCGGCCCCAGGUCAAUAUCUGUGAUUCCACAGCUUUUCAGGCAUUUUUAGAAAGGUAGAAAAAAUCAAUAUUCGGUCUCCAGGUAUAUUAAAAAAACUAAUGGCAAGAUGGAUUUCGUUCAUUAGAUGACGCCAGGAUACCCGAAUACAAUGGGACAAAUUCCUUCACAUUACGUUCCGAUGCCAGACGUGAUUCGUCCUCAGUUAAUAGGUGUGCGACCAUUUGUGUAUUCCACAGCCACAGUCACAGCACUUCACAAUUUACAACAUAUACAUCAUAUUAACCAACAUAUUAACUAUCAUCAACAGUAUUUGAGAAGUCAACAACCACAGACCAUGCAAUUUCAACAGCAACAGACGACAAACGAAUAUCAGCCACAAACGCCGUUGCUAAAUCAACAGCAACCAUCUGUCGUGGAAAUACAGCAACAAAAGCUUGUAGAAAACCAACAUCAAUGUCCAAACUUAGCAUCAACGUUUGUGCAACAACAUCAACAGGUAAAAGUGGCACAGCAAACAGUCCAAGCACCGACUCACCCAAUCACGUUACAGCAGUCUGAACUAAAUAGAAACCUGUUACAACAACCUCAUCAAAUGACUCUUUCACAGCAGCAGCAGCAGCACGAACAAAUAAAACGAAAUCCUGUGCCAACAAAAGAAUCGCACCAUGUAGAGUAUAAAGAGGAGGAACUAUCGCAGAAACAGUUGGAAGAGUUGACCGUCAAAUAUCAACAGGAACAACAACAACGACAAAAACAGCAGCAGCAACAACAACAACAACAACAACAACAACAACAACAACAACAACAACAACAACAACAACAACAACAACAACAACAACAACAACAACAACAACAACAACAACAACAACAACAACAGCAACAGCAACAACAACAACAACAACAACAACAACAACAACAACAAAUCCAGCAAGAACAACAACAAAAACGUCAAGAGCAACGACAACAAAAGCAAAAGCAGCAAAAACAACAGCAGCAGGAACAAGAACAACAACAGCAGCAGCAACAACAACCGUUACUAAAAUUGACUGAAGUAAAUCAGGGAAUGAAAGUCGUUCAACACUCCAGGCAAACGGAGCCAACAGAAACAGAACAUCAAAACCAAGAAACACGAAUUCAAAAACAACAAAAAGUUGAUAAAAAAGCAAAACAACAUAAUUCAGAUGCUGACAAUGAAACGGAGAAACUAAACGACUAUCAAAAACAUUUGCAGCGAUCAAACUGCCUCACAUCGACAUCUGAACAAACAGAAGCGGUUCCAGUGCAUACAGAAAAUAACUCAGUACUUAUAGAUCUGACAACCAUCAAUGAAAAGCAACAAAGCGAUGAGAGAAAUCAACAUGUUAACAACGGAGAUGACAGUGAAGUUAAAGGAUGUACGGCACCACCAGCACAGAACAUUAAAAAAACUGAUCAAGACCAAUCGAAUAAAAAAAUCACGGAAGGGAUUAAAGAACGUAAACAAUCAAAGCAAGAGAUAAUGUCUACAAUUCGUAUCCUCAACAGCACAGAAACGGAAGAUUCAAAACAAGUAGUUUCUCUGAAACAGGAUGGAACAGAUGAACUAAGUGCACCGAAAAAGGAUACAGAUGUGAAACAGACAAGAAAGCAAGAAUGCUUACAACAAGAAACAUUACAGCAAAAACCAUCAUUGCAAGCAGAGAAAGAACAUUACAAAGAUCCACGUAAGAGGAAACCUGAGAAGAAACCGCUACUUGCUCCUAAGGAAAAACUAUUUCUACUUCAACAACAAAUAAAACGACAAGCAGAAGCACUCGAACGUUUAACUCGAAGUAAAACAAAGCCAGAACUGAAACAAGAAAGUAACAACAAUGAACACGACAAAAUACCUGAGAAGACUUCCAGUAUUGCUGCAAAGAUUUCCUUGCGGGACAGUAAGAGAUCAGAAAAGACGUCUAGUGAAGCAGAAAGUGAUUCUGUUGUUACGAGUGAAGUACAACUUCUAAAGAAACGCGACGGCACGAAAGGUUUAUUACCAAGCAAAAAAGUUCAGGAUAGUUUGAAGGUAACAGAAAGGAAAGAAGAAAAAACUGCUCCUAGACGGUCUCCUUCUAAAAUCCGGUUAGCUCAAAGAAUGGACACCCAUGACGACAGUGAAAUAAAAGAGAAACGUCCCAGGUUAGAGACAGAUGAAUCUCCAUCACAUAAUUUCUCAGAAAAAAUGCCUUGUACAAAUGUAUUGUACAAAACUGUAUCUAACGCGGCUGACCUAAAUUCAACAAAGUUAACCGGAAAUGGUAAAAACAACGAAAUAAAUUCAAGACAUCGCGUUCCUGACGAUGUGGUGUCCAUGGCACCAAUAGGGAACACAAAGACGCAAGUGGAUCAGACAUCAAAAUCACCAAAGAAGAAUAGCGAGUUGUUUUCCACGUCUGAUGAGACAUCAUCCAACUUGUGCUCCUUGAUGAAUCACUUGAAUCUAAAAGAUGAGCUAGCACAGGCAACAACAACAAAAGACGAGCUGAAACAGAUAAACAUAACGACAACAACAAUACCAAAAACAACUGCAAAAGAAGUAUCUGAAAGUGUAAAGAAUCAGUGCAAGGAAAGUGAUGGCGUGAAAGGAAUGAAUGGCAAAAUGAUUCCCCGGUCUAACGAAAGCAAUAAAGUGAAGACACAAGAGCAACCACACUGUAAAUACCAGAAAAUCGAUUGCCAGUUGUUGGACAAACAAAACAUGAAUGUCACUGUUCAGGAAAAACUGAAAGAACGCCCUUUUGUUACACCAGGUACUGCAACAGUUCAAGAGAAAUGGAAGUUGCCAAAGUCGGUAGAAAAAUCGUCUCCUGUUGUUGUUGUGGAUUCAAAAGCAGUAAAUGUUUUAUCAAAUGUGAAGAUGUCGGAACGAAAUUUUAAAAUGGAACUUGGACCAACGUUUAAUCAAACUGGUAUAAUACGACCAAUCCCUAAACUUCCUUUACAAUCCAUUUCUUCUCAUGGAGUAGUUCCAGAAUUCCCCACGAUGUCGUUACCUUCCCAAUUUUCUCGUCCUCAUCCCCAAGUUAAUAACAUGCAGCAAUUCCAGACUUUUACCAACAAUCAGUUUCAGCCAAUUAUGAGAGCAGAAGCUGGCAUGGGACGUAAGUUCAACUAUGUGUUUAACCAUCCGAUUUUACCACCAAUGCAAUCUGCGCAUAUGUUGACACAGAAUGAUUCUUUUACCACAAAUACUCAUUAUGAUCCAGUGAUGAUACCAAGUCCGUUAUUGAUUGGUGUUCCAGGUAUGCCGGGACAUACAUCCCAUCAUAUUGCUCGGCCAAUACCACAUAUUCCAACACAACCUUGGCAAACUAUGCCUUUACCACCUAUGAUGCAUCCCAGGAUGACACAUUUCCCUCCAGCCUACCCUCCAGUUCUACCAAAUAUUGGCAUGAAUAGAAAUGCUCCUGAAUUCUAUUCUAAAAUACCCGAGCGACUGCCGAAGAUUCAACCUGACACAGCAUUCCAUCAGCCUUAUAAUCACUUGACAAACAUGCAAAUGAAAUUUGCAGGAAGAAACUUGAACGACGAGGCACCGUUUCAGAUGCCAACAUUUAAAGUUGAUCCCACUGCCCAGUUCAGGAAUGAUUUCUCAAACGACAGACCAGUUAUGAAUAUAAACUGUCGAGAUAUACAUGGUUACACUGCAGUUAAUUUAACCAACAUUGGUAGGAGUGAAGAAAGCCCUAGCUGGCAUUCAUCAUCUGCCCAGGUGACUGAAAAUAAACCAUACAUUCCUUCAAAAGUUGUCACAUACGAGCAACUGGUUAGAGAACAGGGCAAUCCGAACAAGAAUGAAAACAAAAUGAAUACAGCUCAAACUCUGGCUAACAAAAUGGAAACAAAAUAUCUUGGUGCUAAACAACCUACAUUAAAGUCAUUAGGUAACUUCAAGCAAGGUGUGAAGGUUCCUACAUUCAAUCGUACAGUACGGGAGUUAAUCAGUGUUCCGUUCACUAGUGAUGAAAGUAGACUGUUGUAUUUAUUAAAGAAAAGACAUCAAGGUCAUCCUAUUGCUCAAGAAUGGUUGUUUAUUGGUAAUAGUCUGCUUACAACUCACUUCAGAAAACUUUGGGAUCCACCUCGCAAGGAGGAGGAGUUACAAAAUGACUUUGAAGAGGUUAGUAAGGAUAAAUUCACUUUAAUUCACUUUAAAAUGUUCUUAUUUCAAUCAACCUGUGAUUCCCUCGCUCCAAACUUCAUAUACACACCGUAAAUCCUCUAUUAAGCCCCCCCCCGGCCUAUUGAUUUUUGGAACUCAAUAUAAAUUAGGUAUACAAGAUGAUAACUUUAAUUAAGUUUAUGGAGUAAGAUUAAUGAAUCUUAUCAGUACGAACAUUUUUCUCUUGUUAUGAAGGGCGGGAGUGAUUAUGAAGUGAGGGGAGCUUAUUUAAGAGAGGACUAAAUUAACAGAGAGUUUAUUUAGAACUAAAAAAAUGCAGCUAGCUUUCUCAAGAAAUAAAUUAUUGAACUCAUAAAGGCAUGGUGAAUGUAUGAACUUCUUGUCAUAUUUUUCAAUUGUUUUUAAGGUAAAAACCGACUGCGUCUGCAAGAGAGAACCAGAUACAUUGAAAUGUUAUGGUUGUUCCAAGCAAUUCUUUGGCCGAGUUCGUUACCAUUGUGAACUGCAUCCAUAUCGAGAAUAUUUAACAGAUUUGGUGUUUUGUCCUUACUGUGGCAUUGACUUGGUGUGGACUGAGGAGCCAUGGUGA